AGCGCCUCUUAAAGGUCCCCGCGCCCGCCCCGCCCCGCCUUUGGCCCGGCGCCCUGCCGCCCCGCAGUCCCCGCGUCGGGCCGAGGCCUGAGGCUGCCGAGUCCUGGGUGGACCCGGGAGGCCGGCAAAGCGGGGCGUCCGGAAGCUGCCGCCAUGGCCGUGGGGAACAUCAACGAGCUGCCCGAGAGCAUCCUGCUGGAGCUCUUCACCCACGUGCCUGCCCGCCAGCUGCUGCUGCGCUGCCGCCUGGUCUGCAGCCUCUGGCGUGACCUCAUCGACCUCGUGACCCUCUGGAAGCGCAAGUGCCUGCGAGAGGGCUUCAUCACCGAGGACUGGGACCAGCCCGUGGCCGACUGGAAGAUCUUCUACUUCCUGCGCAGCCUCCACAGGAACCUGCUGCACAACCCGUGCGCUGAAGAGGGAUUCGAGUUCUGGAGCCUGGAUGUGAAUGGAGGCGAUGAAUGGAAGGUGGAAGACCUUUCUAGGGACCAGAGGAAGGAGUUCCCCAAUGACCAGGUCAAGAAAUACUUCGUGACUUCUUAUUACACCUGCCUCAAGUCCCAGGUGGUGGACCUCAAGGCUGAAGGGUAUUGGGAGGAACUGAUGGACACCACCCGGCCGGACAUCGAGGUCAAGGACUGGUUCGCUGCCAGGCCAGACUGCGGGUCCAAGUACCAGCUGUGCGUUCAGCUCCUGUCCUCCGCGCACGCCCCUCUGGGGACCUUCCAGCCAGACCCAGUGAUGAUCCAGCAGAAGAGCGACGCUCGGUGGAGGGAGGUCUCCCACACCUUCUCCAACUACCCACCCGGCGUCCGCUACAUCUGGUUUCAGCACGGCGGCGUGGACACUCACUACUGGGCCGGCUGGUACGGCCCGAGGGUCACCAACAGCAGCAUCACCAUCGGGCCCCCGCUGCCCUGACGCCCCCUGACCCCCCGUCAGCUGAACCCUGACUGGUAAACUGCUGUCAGAGAAGGGCUGAGCUUGGGAAGGGGAGGUGGAAGCCAGGUGUCCCCCGACCUCCGAGUGCAUCCCUGCCCUGGUCAACUCUUCUCUGUGGAGCCCUCUGGGUCUGGGCAGCUGUCACGUGCUGUGGGGCCAGCUCUCCACUGAGGCCCCAACCCGAACUGCAGGGGCGGCCUGACCCCACCCCUCCAAGAGAUGGAGCCCGGGGCAGGGCGGGACAGGGCGACCCCGGCUUCCUGGAGAGUGGGUCUCCAGCUCCGACCAGUCCACCUCUGUGCCUCUCUCCCUGGGCCCUUUCUCCCUGUGUCCUUUGGGGGCCUUUGGAGCAGGGGCAGGUAAGACAUGACAAAUUUGUGACAGUCUUUAGUAAUGACAGAUCUGAAAGAUGACAGAUCUGAGAAGCAGAGGAAGGCUCGCCAGCCACCUGCCCUGUGGCCACCCCUGACCCUCACUGCCUGCCCGCUCACCAGAGGUGGCUUGGCCUGAGGCUCAGACCUGGUCUGAGAUGACAGGCCAAGCCCCAGGUGGGGUGGGGUGGCUGUGGGCUGGGUGUGGGCUGCCCUUACCGUCACCAAAGCCUGCAGCCAGGUGGGUACCUGGGGACAG